AUGGCCUACGUUAUAGUUGGAGGUGGUAUAUCAGCUGUUUCUUGCGCACAAGAGCUGCGAUCGAUUGAUGACAGUGCUGAAAUAAUUGUAAUAUCAGCUAGUCCUCUUCUAAAAGUUGUCUUCAACUGUGUAAAGGUUGUUAUUCUUGCCAACGGAGAGGAAAUUGGUUAUACCAAAUUGUGUAUUGCCACAGGUGGUCGACCAAAGGUGCACCACUUUUAUUGUUAA